UUUUGAGCAGCUGUGCAUCAACUAUUGCAACGAGAAGCUGCAGCAGCUGUUCAUUGAGCUGGUGCUCAAACUGGAGCAGGAGGAGUACCAACGGGAGGGUAUAGAGUGGGUACAGAUCGACUACUUCAACAACAAGAUUAUCUGUGACCUGAUGGAAGUGAAGCAGACGGGAGUGAUUGCUCUACUGGACGAAGCCUGCUUCCUUGUGGGCACCGUCACUGACAAGCAUUUCCUGCAUGCAAUGGACGAGAGGUACAAAGUCCACGCCCACUACACGAGUCGUCAGCUGGACCCGACCAACAAGGACUUGGAGAGGGACGAGCAUUUCCAGAUCAAACACUACGCUGGGAACGUAACGUACAACGUGACUGGGUUCAUUGACAAGAACAAGGACCCUAUCUACCAGGACUUCAAGAGACUCCUCUACAACAGUGAUCAUGCUCUAUUGAAGGAGCAAUGGCCCGAGGGCGCUCAGGCCGUUACCGAGGUUACCAAGAGACCAAAAUCGGCAGGUUCAAGAUUUAAGGAGUCUAUGAUAGCGUUGGUGGACAAUCUCAAGACGAAGGACCCGUACUACGUCCGCUGCAUCAAGCCCAACGACAUCAAGUCCUCUCGAGGCUUUGAUGACAAGAGAUGUCACCAUCAAGUCAGCUACCUCGGACUAAUGGAGAACGUUCGGGUGAGGAGGGCGGGCUUUGCCAACAGACAACCCUACGAAAGAUUCGCUCAGAGGUACAAGGUGACAUGCUCUGAUACUUGGCCCUCGUACACUGGCUCCGCCCGUAAGGCGUGCGAACUCAUCAUUCGGAACAUCAAACUUUUCGAGGACACUGCAUAUGGAAAAACAAAGAUAUUCAUCCGGUCACCACAAACGCUGACUCAGCUGGAGAGAGUGAGACUGGACAAACUGCCGAAAGUGGUACUUAUCAUUCAGAAAUUCACUCGUGGGAUGAUGGUUCGACUCCGCCUGAAGAGGGUCAAAGCCAUAGCCACCAUCGUCGCCUACUACAGACGAUACAAACUGAAGUCAUUCCUGCUUGGAAUCACGUCUCUGUUCAAACGUGUUCGGGAGAUGCCGGACCUUGGUAAGAGUGUAGAGUGGCCCACCCCCCCUCAAGUCCUCCACACAUUCAUUGCCUAUGCCAUGCAGAUACACGCCAGGUGGCGUGCCAAGGUGAUCCUCCUUCGUAUCCCUGUGCGAGAUCGCCCCGAGGUGCAGCUCAAGGCAGUGGCGUUCGGAGCACUCGAGCAACGCAGACCCAACUGGGGCUACAAUAGAAAGUGGAGCGGCAGCUACCUCAACAUGUCGACCGAGAACUCCAACCACCAGGCGUUUGAGACCUCCCUCACACACCUACGACGCUCUCACACCUUUGAGAAAGUCCUCUUCUCCUGCGCUACCAUGAAGAUCAACAAGCGUGGGAAGGUCCAAGAAAGAGCUCUACUGAUCACAGACAUAGAAAUCUUCAAACUUGAUCCUCGUAAACAGUUCCAACGCAAGAAGUCCCCUCUCCUCCUCACCACGAUAACAGGGAUCAGUGUUAGCCCCUCCCUCGAUCAAGGGAUGAUAAUUCACUUUGAGAAUCGCAAGGACCUCGUCUUCUACAUUGUGAACCCACUAAAAGAGAACAGAGUCGCCGAGCUGCUAGCAGUCCUCUGUCAGAUCUGUCAAAGGAAAUACGGCAAACGCCUUGAGGUGAUCGUUGCCAACCCUCUCGUGUUCAACGUUGGCUCUAAACAGAAGGAGCUACACUUCCAAGAAGACCGAGUGGCCCGACCCGUCCUCAGAAAGAACAAUGCUCACCACCUUAUCCUGACUUGGCCCACUAGCGGGUUUUAGAGGACUACACAUUAUUUUUUCUAUUUCUAGAGUUUUGACUGAAUCAAUUCUACCAGUUGUUUUUCUUGCACCUUUUUUUCAUGUUGUUUAUUAACACAGAUGUAUAUAUUUUUCAUAGAAUGUGAUAUAUAAUAGUUGAUAUGCAUUUCAUGUACAUUCAUUAUUUAUACAUUAUAAUUAUUAUAUUAUAUAUUUUUUGCAGACCGUAAAA